AUGCAUCGAUGGCUUCAUCGCCAGACAAUCAAUGGCAAUGAUUCGAUCGAGAUGCUGCUCUCGGUCUUAUUGGCUCGGCGUGGAAUGCUCUCGCCCGUGUAAUGUUUCCGUAUAUAAGGACUGAUGCUACCCCUCUAUCGUCAACCACUACCAUCAAUUGACCCCGUCCUUUCUGUUUCUGAUACCCCAAAUCCUUCACAAUGGCUCCCAAGAUCGCUAUCGUCUACUACUCCAUGUACGGCCAUGUCAAGACAUUGGCCGAAGCUGAACUCAAGGGCAUCCGCGAGGCCGGUGGCGACGCCACCCUCUUCCAGGUUCCCGAGACCCUCUCCGACGAAGUCCUCGGAAAGAUGUACGCCCCGCCCAAGCCCACCGACAUCCCCACCCUGAACGACCCCGCCGAGCUCGAGGCCUUCGACGCCGUUCUCUUCGGCAUCCCCACCCGUUACGGUAACUUCCCUGCCCAGUUCAAGACCUUCUGGGACAAGACCGGCAAGCAGUGGCAGCAGGGCUCCUUCUGGGGCAAGUACGCCGGUCUGUUCAUCAGCACCGGCACCCUGGGCGGUGGCCAGGAGUCGACCGCCAUCGCGGCCAUGUCGACAUUGACGCACCACGGCUUCAUCUACGUGCCGCUCGGCUACAAGACCGUGUUCGCACAGCUGGCCAACCUCGAGGAGAUCCACGGCGGUUCGCCCUGGGGCGCGGGCACCUUCUCCGGCGCCGACGGCAGCCGCCAGCCCACCCCGCUGGAGCUGACCAUUGCCACGGAGCAGGGCAAGGCCUUCUACGCCGCCGUGGCCAAGGCGCACCCGUGACUAGAUACUGCAAAGACGGGGGCGGAGCAGCAGACUCCCCCUGCCGUCGUGGCGGAUAGCGCAACGCCAAACACAUCUACAAACCCCACAAAAGAUAAAACAGAGAGCGGGACAAACGGUGCGGCGCCGACGACGCAGAGGGUCCCUGAGCAGCCUUCUGGUCCUCAGGAGAAGAAGGAUGGCGAGGGCCCCUGUGGGUUACCGGCCAAGUGCGAAAUCAUGUAGUCGUAUCUACAAAUGAACGUUAAAUGAACACUAUAUUGCAGAGAAUGUGAACAACGAUAUUUCUCCAUGUCCACCGCACAACUCCCAUCAACCCAGAGCUUUAUGCACCAUUCUAGUAUACCUGCACAAUCACCAACAAACCAGUGCAGCACAGCAAGCAAC